UGAAUUCAAAUGAGGACAACUUGGAUGAAAGACCAUAGUUUGAUGAAGCCUCUCUAGUUCAACUGAGGAAAUUCUUUGUUGGUCACGACAGGGAAUUAGUCUCCUCUCUGGUUCUCCCCCCUUGGAUAGAGAAGACUCUGAUCAAAUGAGAAGUCAACUGAGGAAGACCUUUGCUAGUGACAACAGGCAUUUUGUUCCUGCUCUCCGAUCUCCUCCUUUGUUUGAAGAGAAACUUUCAUUUUAAAACUCAGUUUGACAUAAAGGAGCAGUGACUUCCCCAUCAGCAGUUAGAUCAGCAAGAGUUCCGUUGCAUUUCUUCGAAGCGGCAUUGUGGUGAGCUGAACAGGAUGUUGGUACCUGGUUCUUGCUUUCAGAAGCACUCACCAGGGAGGGUCAGACAGGAGCCAUAUGUUCUUCCAGAGUGCAAAGAGCAAGUUCCCGAGUGACAUUAAAUAUAGGAUUGUUUUGGAAGAUUGUCAUUAAGAUUUUGUUUUUAGCUAAAAAUUUGUUUUUAUGCAAAUUUCUGGCACACAUUAUCUGCUGUCAUCAUUAUUGAGGAACUAACAGUGCAAGCGUCCUGUCACAAGACCAGACUGAGCUUGAUUAACUACGGCUGUACGGAGGAAUCAUCAUGUCGGAUUCGCUGGUUGUGUGUGACGUGGAUUCUGAGCUCCUGGCCCGGUUGAAGAAGUUCCGCUUCCGCAAAGAGACAACCAACGCUGCCAUCAUCAUUAAAGUUGAUAAAGUAAGCCAGAAGAUGGUGAUAGAGGAAGAGCAUGAGGACAUUUCUCCAGAUUCACUUAGAAACGAACUACCAGACAGGCAACCUCGAUUUAUAGUUUACAGCUAUAAGUAUGUGCAUCAGGACAAGAGAGUGUCCUACCCAAUGUGUCUGAUCUUCAGCAGUCCACAAGGCUGUAAUCCCCAACAGCAUGUGAUGUACGCUGGGAGUAAAAACAGACUGGUCCAGGCUGCAGAACUCACCAAGGUUUUUGAGAUUCGGAACACCGACGAGCUCACAGAGAACUGGCUGUGUGAGAAGUUGGCGUUCUUCCGCUGAAGAUGUCAACCUCACCCUGCUCUUGCAAGCAGCUUGCCUGGAGAGUGCAUCGAAGGACGUUGGACCAAUGCGAUCUUUUCUUAAUGCUGCAGAAAUAAAUGGAAUUGCCAAUGCA